GUAUCAUUUGAUGGAUUAAGGCCGUGCUCAUAUAUAUUCUGACUCAGUCCGUCUAGACCACCGAGCUUAUUAAUGAGAUCGAGAGAUUAACGACCGCGAUACUGCCUCUUCAUUUAAGAAAGCUUCACACAUCCACAUACAGCUCUUGAAAUUACUCACAACAGCGACAAGAAAAGCAAACUCCGCAACAAUGUCUGACACCAACAAGGGCACCAAAAUUACCCUCCACUGGUUAAACCAAUCCCGCUCCCAAAGCAUCGUCUGGCUCCUUGAAGAGCUCAACCUCUCCUAUGAUCUCAAGGCCUACAAGCGCCAAGCAGACAUGCUUGCGCCGCCCGCCCUGAAAGAAAUCCACCCGCUGGGGAAAUCCCCCGUCAUCACGCUCGAAAACGAGAACACCUCGUCGCCGAUGGUGCUCGCAGAGUCGGGCGUCAUCAUCGAGUACAUGUGCGAUCACUUCGACGGCGAUAAGCUUGUCCCGAAGCGGUACCAGGACGGCAAAGAGGGCCAGGUUGGCGGCGAGACGGAUGAGUGGAUGCGUCAUAAGUACUUUAUGCAUUAUGUGGAGGGGAGUUUGAUGCCUUUUCUGGUGAUGCAGUUGGUGAUGGAUGUGGUCAAAAACCCCCCUCUCCUCCCCUUCUUCGUCAAGCCCCUCCCCCGCAUGGUCGCCUCGCAGGUUGAAAAGGCCUUCCUCGAACGUAACAUCACCUCCAACUUCGACUUCCUCGAGCAGCAACUCAAGACGGCGCCCGCCGGCGGGCCAUUCCUGUGCGGCAAGCAGCUCUCUGCCGCAGACAUCAUGCUGAGCUUCCCUGUUAUCUCUGCGGGGGCGAAGUUUCCGCUGAAGGAGAAGUGGCCGACUCUUGCGAAGUACGUGGACCUCCUGCAGGAGCAGGAGGGUUAUAAGCGGGCUGUGAAGCUGGAAGAGAGUGAGGGAAAGAAGGUUGAGGCUUCUUUGUGAUUGGUUUGAUAUAUAUACAUAUAUGUUUCUCUAUUUUCUUGAUUUGUGUUAAUUAUUUAUCGCGAUUCUCAUUCAUUACUGGCGUCGAUUGAACAAGGUAGUUUCCUUCUCUAGCCCGAUAAAUG